UCAUACAGAGAGUUUGGUUUUGCCUCUGAGUGUGUCUGUGUUUCCCCUCAGUCUCUGAACUCUUAACGGUCCGUAUUGAGCUGUUUGAGCCCCAGAAUGACCUGUUGGGCCCUUAUUGCUCCCCUCCUGCUGGGUCUGUUCAUCCACAGCGCUGUCAGUCAAGAUGCUGAGGACCCUGCUGCGACCACGGCACCACCACAGGGCCAGGCCUCUGAUGGCUCACAGCCAGAGGACGAGAACUCCGAGUGGGCAAUGAAUUCCCUCAGAGGCAGCUUUGAGUCCGUUGGCGGAUACUUUGAUUCAAUGCUGGAGUUCAUGGGUGGACGUGAUGGAGUGUGCCAAUACCACUGUCGAUAUGGUAAAGAUGCUAUUCCUCGUCCUGGCUACCAGAUGGCAGCGCCUGAUGGAUGUAGCUCCUACUUCUUCGGUCUUCCUAUUCCAGAUGGGAUGGAUAUGGGCAUCCCUGCCAUGACCAAGUGCUGCAAUCAGCUGGAUAUGUGUUACGAUACCUGUGGCUCCAACAAGUAUCGCUGCGACUCCAAGUUCCGCUGGUGCCUCCACAGCAUCUGCUCGGACCUCAAGAAGAGCCUUGGCUUUGUGUCGAAAGUUGAAGCAUGUGAGACAGUAGCGGACACCUUGUUCAACACAGUGUGGACUCUGGGCUGCAGACCCUACAUGAACGGCCAGAGAGCAUCAUGCUACUGUCAAGGAGAGGAGAAAGAUGAACUUUAAACCAUGAAAGACUCUCCUAUUUAUAACAGUAUGAACUAGAGCUGCACAUCAGAAGAUCUGAGUUGUGGCGUUGCAAAGACUGCUGUGUGACUACUUCAGUAAUUUAUUUGGAAGUUAUUGUUCUGUAUGUGUUUAUUUGUCAAUAGUGUUAGUGUUGGCAAAGGCACAUGAUUUGGAAAAGCAAAAAUAUUGUGUCGUGACCUCAUCCUAACAACAUAAAGAUAGCCUCUUGUGCUUCAUACUUUUGGGUAGUAUUAACAUGUUCUACUUACUCUACAGUAUGAAUAAAUGUUAUUGACACAUG